CCAGUGGGCCAGAUGGGAUUCUGGGUGUAAGUGAAACUCAGGAGUUGGUAGUGGCUCAGCAGAGCGAUGCUUCUGUGGAGCAAGGCAAAGGUGAAUUGGUGCUUAGAAAGAUUCCUGAAGAGAAGAUUGUUCAGGGUGGUCUGUGCAAGCAAUUGGCUGCAACUGAAGGGUAUGGAAGUGAUUUAAUCAAGGAAGUUUCAGUUCCUCACAGCCAGACAUUUUCUGUUGUGAAUGGAUUCACUGACUUUCCUUUCGAAAGAUCCAGAGUGGAUAGCUUUGAGAAGGUCUCAGAUGGAGUGAAAGCUGUUAAGUUGAAGAGCCCUAUAACCAAGUGGCUGUGCUUGACCCGUUUGUUGGAGAGACAAGGUUGUUGAGAGAGGAAUGUUUCCAUGCUGAUUCUUUGAGUGCUUCAGGGUCUGAAAACAGAUUUGGUUCCUGGUGUUUCAGAGCAGGACAGUUUUAUGGCUGAAUGCUUAAGGAUGCAGAGGAGAGCAAGCAAACUCUCACCCUCAGACUCUUUGGCUUUGUGUGGAAUCUCUGUAAGACAGAGUCCAGCCUUGGAAUUGGUAGCAAUUAAGGAUCUGAAAACUGGUGAACAAGCUAGUGUCUGUGUUGCUACACAUUACCUGGCUGACAGGGAGAAGAAAGACUUGCUAAUAGCUGUUAGCUCAGAGAGCACACCCCAUCAGCCAGUGAAUUCUGUUAAGCAAGAAAAAUCAGGGUGUGAUCCUACAGGACAAGAAGAAAAAAGAGAACUUAAUUUUGCAAUGGGAAGCCACAGUGUAACCCUAAAAGACCCAACUCCCAGUGGUAUUUGGCCAAAGGGGUGGCAUGACGAAAAUUAUUGUAGAUGGACACUUGCAAUAGAUUUGUUGUUAUUGCUAAUGGUGAUUUUUGUAACUAAUGUGUUGGUAAUACCAAGAAUUGUAAAAAUAUACAAUGCGCUUAUUCUUUUGGAAAAUCCCUUGAACACGUUAAGAGUGAUGCAUAAGAACACACUUUAUGUUAAAAGACCUUGUGAUACUGAUAUUUCACAGUUAGUGCCUGUAAACAGUCUUGAAACUUUUCACAGGGGAAAAGACAUUCCAGACCUGGUGUGCUGUCUGAAAAGGGAAACUGAGGCACACUACCAUAUUGCUUUCACGGCUAAAUGCCAAGAUUCCUGCACUAUAAACAACAUUAAUAUCUACAGUAACUUGAUAUUAAUUGGGUUCCAAACAUUUGCCAGAGCUUGUAUGGAUAAAAUUGCUAUUUUCUUUAGCUCUUGGCAAGAUCACAUGAGACAUACAGGAGCCAUGCUGCAAAAGCAGAUCCAAUCCACUUUUGUUCUAACCAAGUUUUACCUUGAGUUUGUAAAGAAAUUAAAUCAUGUUAUUGAACAUGACUUUGAUAAACCAUUUCUGUUAUACACUGAUACAGCUUCUAACCCAAUACUAGCUGUAGUAAGACAGAACCAAGGAUGGGGAUCUCUUGGGAUGCAGUCAGCGACAUUUGUGUCAUCCCUUCCUGCAUCAAUUUUAUGUUGGGGGUGUGACCUUACUGACGUGAACUGGGGGGGAGGAAGGUCGCGGGUCUCCUGA